AUGGCCGGCGGCCGCAAAAGCAAAUCAUCGGGCCCGGCGCCUCCGUCGAGGACACUCGUUCUCGACAAUGGCGCAUACACAAUCAAAGCCGGCUUCGUGUCCGACCAGCUCACCGAAGAGCCACGAGUAAUCCCAAACUGCAUCGCCCGCGAUCGCGCAAGGAAGGUCUACGUCGCGUCGGAUCUCGACAAAUGCCGCGAUUUCGGAGAGAUUCAAUUUCGGAGACCCGUCGAGAAAGGUUUCAUUGUCAACUGGGAGGCGCAGAAAGAGAUUUGGGAUCACGAGUUCUUCGACGACAAGGCGCCGCAGAAAUGCGACCCGGCCGAAACGAGGCUGCUUCUGACAGAACAGCCAAACUCCCUGCCGAUCCUGCAGUCCAACUGUGAUCAGGUCGUGUUCGAGGAGUACCAGUUCGCGAGCUACUACAGAGGCAUAGGCGCAUCCUUCAACGCGUACCAUGAUAUCCAAGGCAUCCUCCAAACCCCCCGAGACCCGAAUACCAUACCGCAGCUCCCAGCCGAGGUGGUUCUUCUGAUUGAUUCGGGCUAUUCCAACACAGUAGUCAUGCCCCUCCUGAAUGGACGACCGCUGCAGUCGGCCGUUCGCAGGCUCGACGUUGGAGGGAAGCUUCUGACGAACUACCUGACCCGCCUUCUUUCCCUUCGAUACUACGACAUGCGCAACGACACAUACAUUGUCAACGAGAUCAAGGAGCAGGCCAGCUAUGUUUCUCUCGACUUCAACGGCGACUUAGAGAAGACCUGGAAGGGAACACGAGGCGAAAAGCGAGAGCCGUACAUGACUGGAGCUGGCAUCGCCAAGGACUACGUUCUGCCAGACUUCCACACGCGUACCAAGGGCAUCGUCAAGGACUACGACCCAGCUAUGCAUACGAAGGCCAGGAAGAUGGCCGCGCGCGCGGCGGACAGCGACGAGGACGUCCUGACGCUGCGUAACGAGCGCUUCUCUGUGCCAGAACUCCUCUUCCAACCCUCGGACAUAGGCCUGCGGCAGCCGGGCCUAGCAGAUGUCAUCAUGCAAUCGCUCUCCGAGCUGCCGAUUGGACUGUGGCCAGGUCUGCUCGCCAACAUCGUCGUCGUCGGCGGUAAUGCCCUGUUCCCUGGCUUCAUCCAACGCCUGGAGAAGGAGCUGGUAAAGAGAGUUCCAGACGCCUGCAUCGUUAGGGUCGCUCACCCUGCUGAUCCCAUCACGAGCACCUGGCACGGCGGUGCAAACUUGGCCAAGCACCCGGACAUUCUGAAAUACUCGGUCACGAAACAGGAGUACGAAGAGUACGGUGCCGCUUGGGUAGCGCACAAGUUCGGCUCUGGAGGUGCAGGUGAUUGA